AUGAAGCAUUCAGUAAACUCGAAAAAAAUAAAUAUCAUUCAGGAUAUUGUAAUUCAGCCCGCCAUGCCGAAAAUGAGGAAACUGGCCGAUUUAACGGCCGAGGAAUUGGAUGAAAUAAAAUCCAUUCGGCAAGAAGCGUCCACUUCCAAGGCCAUAGAAUUAAGGGAAGAGCCUUCAGAGACGCCCUCCCAGCUGUCCAUUGCACUGGACGAGUCAUGCGUUUCUUUAACGCCCUCAUUAUUUGAGGGUUUGGAAACGCAAGGCAAAAAUAUGGGUAUACUUCGUCAAGUCUGUGGCGUGACGAAGGAACAAGAAGAAGGGCAGCAGGAGGAGGAGCAGCAAACGGAGCAGCAACAACAACAGCGAGAAGAGGAGGAGCAGCAGGAAGAGGAGGAACAGGCUUGCCGAACACCGCCAUUGAUACUUCGAACGGAGGAGGAGA